AAUUCAUAACCUCUUAAACUAAGUUAACAUUGUUUACAAUAUAGGAAAUAGUGCAGUAUAUAACUACAAAUACAAUACUAUAUACCAUUAGAACAUACACAAUAUAAAGUAGUUAAUUUAAUUAGUUAUGACUGCAUUAACAAACAAUAUUCAACCAGAAAAAUGUAUAGCUGAUAAAGUUUCCAUAAUGGAAUCUGACGAAUGUCUCCACCCAUCAGAAGAUAUGUCAUCAUACCAUUGGAAACUACUAAAACUGAAGGGUCGAUUGGAUACUAUAACAGAACGUAUGACAAAAAGAAAAAGUGGAACAUUGGAACCUUAUACAACAUACAUGGAUGAAGAUUCCACAGAUAAAAUUGAUAAAUUCUUGUUAAUGAGUCAAGUAAAACCAUUGGAGUCAGAUGAUGAUGAUGAUAUAGACUUAAAUAAAAUUAUAUAAUAUUUUAUGUUAAUGUAAAUAAGUAAUGUAACGUAUAAUAUAAAUACAAAUCAUAUAUCUCAAUUGUGUUGUAACUUGGUUUCACUAUUCUUCAAUUUCAAUCACAUUUUCUUUGCAUAUUUUAUCAACUAGAUUAUUAAAUACUUCAAAUUGGUCAGCAAAAA